AUGAAUAUUUUAACAAUUACAAAACCAACACAACAACAAUAUGAAAAAUUAAAAUUAAAAUAUUCCAUUAGUUUAAAAUGUCCCUGUAAAGAAAUAUCAAUUCCAUAUAAACAGUUUAUUAAUAUCCAAGUCGAAUAUUAUGAAAUUUGUUUAUCUGAUUUUACCAAACAAAAAUGGAUUGAUUAUCUUUUCAAUGAAAAAAUUAAAUAUUAUCAUCCAUUUGAUUUUCGUCGCGUUGCACCAUUCAAAUUUCAAUUACUUCGAACACUAUGUCAACAAUCGAAACAAUUCAUUGAUGAUAAUCUUGAAGAAUUUUAUUCAAAUCAUUUGAUUUCAAAGGAACCUAUCUCAAUAGAUGAAUUUCAUAUUCAAGUGAAUUUUUUUAUUAAAUCAUUUCAACAAACAACACGUUAUCUAUUAGAGAACUUAGUCACGCUAAUUGAAGACACAAUAUGUGUAAACUUUUUAUUAACAGCAGUCGAUAAACAUUUUAUUUACAAAGCCAGUGAGCAAUUUAUACUUAUGGGUUCUCAACACAUUUGUUAUUACGAUACCGAAGAGAAGAAAGGAAAAUCUACCAGAUGCACUUGUAAAAGUAAAGGAAACACAAAGUUCCCUGAAGGUAUUUACGAUGCUAUAGAAUGGUUUGAAUAUCCUUCGUGUCUUGCAUUUGAAGGUGGCUUAUACGACUCAAAUAAAUAUCCCGAUGUUCAAAUACCUGGAAUGAUUGGAUGUUGCUUACCAAUCGAAUCAUUGAAAUAUUCAACAUUAGAAUGUUUUUAUGAGGAAUCCUGUUUGGAUAUAAUAGAUCUGUAUACCACUCAUCCGUCAAUUUCAACGAGCGAUUUCCCGAUAUUAAAACACGAUUUAUCAGCAAAAUCUAUAACAAUCGAAGAAUUAAUCAAAAAAUCAUUUGUAAAACAAUGGAUUAAUAUCACAUCAUAUGAGAAAUAUUUUAUUUACUGUCAACCUUUAUCUUGUCAAUAUAAUGCUGGAGAAGGGAAAAGUCUUUUUUAUAUAUUUACAACAACUAUUAGUUUAUUUGGUGGAUUAAAAUUGAUUCUCCCAGUUAUUGUAUUAUACAUUGUGGCAUAUAUUCGAGAGGAAUAA